GCUCCGUCGGGGCGUGGCCUGUGGAACUUCAGAACCCCGGCGACUCGGGGCUUGAGCGCGCGUCUCCCGGCGCGGGGUUCCUCCCACGCAGCCUCCCAUUCAAACGAUGCCGAAGGGGCGGCGCGGCAGCCAGAGCCCCACGAUGAGCCAGCGGCCGGCUCCGCCCCUCUAUUUCCCGUCCCUCUACGACCGCGGCAUCUCCUCUUCCCCGCUCAGCGACUUCAACAUCUGGAAGAAGCUUUUCGUGCCGCUGAAGGCGGGCGGGGCCCCGGCGGGCGGGGCGGCGGGGAGCCGGCCCCUACCCCAGGCGCCUCCGGCCCCGGCGCCCCCGCCGCCGCCGCCACCCGGCCUGGGUCCCCCAAGCGAGCGCCCCUGUCCCCCGCCCUGGCCCUCCGGCCUGGCCUCCAUCCCCUACGAGCCUCUGCGCUUCUUCUACUCGCCACCGCCAGGGCCCGAGGUGGCUGCCUCGCCCUUGGCCUCUGGCCCCACGACCCCCUGGCUCGCCUGUGCCUCCCACCCCGAGGAGUUAUGCGAGCUGGAGAUCCGGAUUAAGGAGCUGGAGCUGCUCACCAUCACUGGGGACGGCUUCGACUCCCAGCGCUAUAAAUUCCUGAAGGCGCUAAAAGAUGAAAAGUUGCAAGGACUGAAGACCAGGCAACCUGGAAAGAAAUCAACCUCUCUCUGCUGAGAAGCUGUCUCCCAGAGCUUGGGCAGCCGCCUCCUUAGGUGUUAGUGCUUAGAUAAUGUGCCCCAUUUGUUGUCAUUUCAAAGAUCGUUAUUUUCUGUUCCGUAUUUCCUGCUGUUCUUGUUGCUCCCAGCACACACUCCACAUACAGUGCCCACUUAUGUAGUAAA